AAAGUGCAGACAUGCUCACGCUGCCAAACAAUCAUGUACCCUGGCCCUGAAAACUCACCACUCAACCACAAGUGGAGCUACUGCACUGAUGGUGUCAAGCAGGUAUCAAAGAGCGGCAAGGAUCUCCCUCCCUGGCCUCAGCCUCAAGGCUUGUUCUCCGAAGGCUGCACAUUUCACCUGCACGCGUUUUUGUUGGCUGUUCAGUGCAUCUACAAGUGCAUCUUCAUCAUGCAGGGACCAGGAGAGAUGGACUUGCUUGAAACUGAGGCCUUUGUGAAGCUGCUUGCCUCACGCACUGAGAUC